AAGCGCGCACGUUAUUGCGCACUGGCAUUAUUGUGGCGAACGUUGUUGGACGCCGAGAUAAAUAAUGCUGUGCUCGCUAUUCAUAGUCGUUGCGUUGCAAGUCGAUGCAUGGUGCGCGUUAAGCGAGAGGGCAGGUAGCUGGCGACGCGAUUAACGAGCGUGGCGUUUGAGCUUUGCAAGUCUAAAAUUUGUCCUGCCCUGUAAAUUGGUGGUGCGCUUUUGGGUGCCCGCUUGUGUUGGGGAGUUAGGUUUUUGUUUUUGGCUUCCGUGGGCGGCUUCAUUGCAUACCGCGUGGGCUACAAGCCGGCCAGGAAGUCGGGGAGCGCACAGGGCACGGGAUAACAACAGCAGCCACCUCCGGGAUUCGUCCUCCUCGCUGGCGGACGGACGCACGCACGCACGGCUCCAUAGCCACGGCGAACGAGGCGGCCACCCGGGAUGGGAGACCCGGGAGCGGAGGCUACGGGUGCCCUGGAGUACCUUGGAGAGGAGGCGCCGCUGCCCAAGAUGGGGCGCCUGCGUCUGGCAGAGGAGGGCCCCAUUAAAGCCGGCGAGCCCUCCUCCGGGGCGGUGGAGAACGGCAGCAGCAAAAAGUCGCACGUGGACAUCAACGACUCCUACUACGACGUGGCUCGUCACGGCAUCCUGGAAGUGGCGGGUGACGACAGCUACGGCCGGCGCGUUGUCGUGUUCAGCUGCUGUCGCAUGCCGCCCUGCCACCAGCUCAACCACCACAAGCUGCUGCAGUACCUGAAGCACACUCUCGAACACUACGUGGAGAGCGACUACACACUCGUGUACUUCCACUACGGCCUCACGAGCCAGAACAAGCCCUCGCUCUCGUGGCUGCGCGACGCCUACAAGCAGUUUGACCGCAAGUACAAGAAGAAUCUCAAGGUCUUGUACAUCGUUCACCCGUCAAGCUUCAUUAAGACCGUGUGGAAUUUUUUCGGGCCCUUGAUAAGCCGCAAGUUCGCGCGGAAGGUCGUGUACAUCAGCUGCCUCGCCGAGCUGCAGCAGCACAUCAGAGGCAGCCGAGUUGCCAUCCCGGACGAGGUGAUUAGGCACGACGCGGAGCUGAGAGCGGCGCAGGCGGGAGGCACCGCGGCGGCGGCGCCGGUGAAGCGGAAACCACCACCUCGGCCUCCCCUGCCCACCCAGCAGUUUGGGAUCUCGCUGGCCGUGCUCAAAGAGAAGAACAAUGGUGAGGACCUUCCCCUUGUCAUGAGAGAGACGGUGGCCUACUUGAAAGAAAAUGGCUUGAAGACGGAGGGUUUGUUUCAACGCUCCGUGAACGUUCAGCUCAUUAAAGAAGUUCAGCAGAAGUACAACCUCGGCAAGCCCGUGCGCUUCGAUGAGUACAACAAGGAGGACGUUCGCGUGGCCGCUGUCACCCUCAAGACGUUCCUGCGCGAGCUGCCCGAGCCGCUGCUCACCCUACAGCUCUACCACAAGAUCCUCGCGCUGCACCGGGUAGAGACGAGUCUGCGCAUCACGAGGAUAAAGGAGAUGCUGCAGACGAUACCUGCGCUGAACUACAACGUUCUGAAAUUCCUCAUGUGCUUCCUCAACACGGUGCUGGACGAGAGCAUCCACAACAAGACGAGCGCACGGAACCUGGGCUUCGUGUUCGGCCCCAACCUCGUGUGGCCGCGCGACGGGGGCCACUCGCUGGACCGAGCGCUGCCGAUCAUCGCCUUCGCCGAGCUCCUCUUCGAGUUCCACGGGUGCAUCUUCUCGCCGCCGGCGGCGGCGGCAGAGAAGAAGCAGGAGGAGGGAGAGCUGCCUUCGGGCAGCCUCGGCAAGUCCUGACGCGGCCUUGCGGGCUGCUGCGCGUAGGCCCUGAACCAAACUGUGACGUUUAAAAUGCAUGCAUGUACGGGGCAUAGUUACAACGCAACAUUGGGGUGCAAGAUCGGCGUCGUCAUCGUUGUCGUCGCCAUCACCGUCGGCCACGCUAGACCCACCGCGGCAUGAAGUCCUCCCCAAGUCGCCACCGUCCAUCACGGUCCCGUCAAGCAUCAAUCCACGAUACAUCAAUCCGCCCCAACACCGACAUGCCCAUGGUGGAUGUCCUCUUGGGUGCUUUCUCCUCCUUUGGUCGCCACUCCGUAGCUAUCGUCGUCCACUUGCCAUCCUCAUGCGAUGCCCAAGCCCACCGUCGACAUGCGACCGCGGCUCAAGACGCUGCACAGAAACGGAGCGCUUGUUUACGUUCAUCGUGGACGCACACCAGGCAUCGUGGGUGGAACUGCUUUCAACAUUCGUCGCAAUUCUACGAGUUAUCGCAACUCGGGGUCACGAUUUUUAUUUUAUUUUAUUUCAGGGAGCGGACGUGCCUCUUGUGGUGGCAGGGGCUACGUGAUAGCUUUUACAAUACGUACCGCGUACAUGGGUAAAAAAAUAUCAGUAAUUGUUUUUUUCCCCAAACUCGCGCACGUAUAAGUUGUUUCCUCUAGAACAGUGGGGUCCACAAACCUUUUCGACUUGAGAUCAUCCCCUUUUUUUAGUUUGACCACAUUGUGGGGGGCGAUGGGGGGAGGGGGGCGGUCACGGGCAGUAUUAUCAUCGUGUUCACUCGCCAUGGUCAAGCAAUCCAUCGCAAUAAUUAUAUCGGCUGCUUUAUUUCAUUAUUAAAAAAAACCACGUGCCUUGCUGUUUUGAGUGGCAACCUCCCUCUAAAUGGCAACGGGAGGACACUGCCCUGGGGUGAUGCGGCGGCGGUGGUGGUUAUGGUCGCAACCCACAGUUGCAGAAAUGCCGCUGCGUAAAUUGUUUGCUACUCCCUGCAGCUCCAGAUAAGCCCCCCCCCCCGCCGGCCCUCCUACUAUUCGACCUUUUGACCUCAACCAUGUUACCAGCUCACGCGACCGAUGAUACCCUCCCGGCUUGAGGCUCGCUAGGCCGAGCACAAGGUGGACUUAACCCAGUGUGGAGUGCUGGCAUCGUCGCGCUGGGGUAAAAUACGGCAUCUUAAAAUGCCGUUGUACACACAAGGACGGAACGCGCGUGGAUAAAGAAGCCAAUGCAUUACCACCACGUGAGGAGUUUUUUUUCACAGCGGUAAUGCUUUGGCCGUGUGACGCUAGCGAUGGGUUCACGGGAUGCGCCGCGUGUUGUUCUGCACGGUGAGUCCGACAUUUCUCGCCGCGUACUGUGAGCUUCAGGAACGGAGAAUUGCAUGGUGCAACCCGAAAACACGACAGUUCUGCACUGCAGAGACUUUUUUUGUCAGUGCAGUGGCAAUUUUAAACGCGUGAACUUGCGUUACUGCAAAGUCGACAUUUUUUCCUUCGUCCAUGCCGGCUUCCACUGAUCACUAAGCUAUUGACGGCGUGGACUAGAAAAACGAGUUUUGAACCGAAGUACAAAACCUUAUUUUCUUCCUUUUUUGUUUUGUAUUGCUCGUAUUAUUGCUUAGUUUUAGUGCUGGCCAUGCUGAUGACAAUGAUGUGAGAAUGCACACUUGAGUGAUUUUUUUUUUUUACACGCCGAUUUAAAAAAAUAUUUUACAUUCACAAAAGGCCGUACAUUUGUUGUUUGACACGUACAAUUUGUGCACACCGCGACGUUUAAGGCCGUUCUCUGCAGACGUGACACGUCAUCAGAUGGUCGAGCGGCGUAA